CUUGCCUUGCUCGGAGACAGAGCGAGGGAGCCCUGGUUGGCCUGCUGGAGGAUCAGGUUACACACACGCUGUCAUUAACAGCAGACUGUGUCAUGCACAGAGAUGCAGUGCUUCAAGUCUGAGCAGGAAUCUGGGGCUGGCUCAGGCGUGGUGGUGUAAGUGCCUCCGUCUCAAACCAGCCUGGGAGUGAGAGAGAAGAGGUUGUGUGAGAGAGAGCGGAGGGACGGAGGAAGAGCGAGGGAGGCGGGACUUGGCGGAGACUCCGUCGACAGACGAGAGAUCUCCUAUCGCCGGCGCGUUUUUGGAUUCCAACCCAUUUUAAACAUUGUGCGUUUGAGCUACAGACUGCUGGGUUGUUGCAUUGGAUUCGUUUAUUUCUUCUGCCUCCACAAAUACCAACCAUUAGUUAACGGGGGCUGAGCUAGAGCUGCGUUUUGCUCUCCGACGCUUACAAGCUGCAAGAGAGUCGUCAGAAGGUCUACAAUGUUAGACGGAGACAUGUUUUUCCUGGUCUUCAUACUUCUGGUUUUACCCUCCUCCAGCGUGAAAGAUGAGGGGAGAGUGAGCGACUACGAGUGUGCGUGCGACGGGCCGUCAUGCGACGGAGGAGACCGGUGUUUUGGUCAGCAGUGCUUCUCGGCCCUCUCCGUCCAGAACGCCAUUUCCGUCCAGCGGAAGGGAUGCAUUGUGGGCCGGAGCGAGGAGUCCAUAAGUUGCGAAAGCCCCCCAUCCCAUAACCCGACGGUGGAGUGCUGCCAUGGCGACCUUUGCAACAUGAAUGUCACAGUGGCAACACCAGCGAGAGAUGAGGAAGUGAUGCCUGCCUUGCAAGGCAUUGAGUGUGUGUGUGAGGGGCGGUCGUGUGAUGGCGGCGAGCGCUGUACGGGCCAGCAGUGUUUCUCCUCUGUCAAGAUCAGUGACGGGUUUGUGGUUCGCCAGAAGGGCUGCCUUCGGGAUGACGACCAGGGGAGAGCCACCUGCGCCACCCCUCCUUCUCCCAGCCAAAUAGUCAAGUGUUGCCAGGGGCACCUGUGUAACCUGAACAUCACUGUGGAAGCACCAGCGAAAGAGGAUAAAGUGAAGUCUGCCGGCGAGCACGAGUGUGUGUGCGAGGGGCGCUCGUGUGCCACCGGGCGGCGCUGUGUAGGCCAGCACUGCUUCUCCAGUCUGACGGUCAGCGACGGAGCCCUGGUCUCCCAGAAGGGCUGCUUCAAGGUGUACGAGCAGAGCAGGAUGACCUGCAAGACGCCGCCCUCCCGCGACCAGAUCGUGGAGUGCUGCCAGGGCCACCUGUGUAACAUGAAUAUCACCGUGGAGCUGCCUGUCAUGGCAGGCGACCUUCCCAACUACAGCUUGACUACACUGGCCAUCGUCAUCGUGGCUCCGGUCAUCGUGCUCAUCGUCCUCUCGGGCAUCGCCAUCCUGGUGUUCAGACGGAUCCACCAGAACCAGAUGGAGAGGCUGACGGCCCGGGAGGCGGAGUACGGCACCAUAGACGGACUCAUAGCCUCCAACGUGGGGGAUAGCACACUGGCGGAUUUGCUGGAUCAUUCGUGCACGUCGGGAAGUGGCUCCGGACUCCCCUUCCUAGUUCAGAGAACCGUCGCUCGACAAAUCACACUCAACGAAUGUGUGGGUAAGGGGCGCUACGGUGAGGUUUGGCGAGGCCAGUGGCAGGGGGAGAGUGUGGCCGUGAAGAUCUUCUCCUCCAGAGAUGAGAAGUCCUGGUUCAGAGAGACUGAGAUCUACAACACAGUGCUGCUGAGGCAUGAGAACAUCCUGGGCUUCAUCGCUUCGGACAUGACUUCCCGAAACUCGAGUACACAGCUGUGGCUAAUCACCCACUUCCAUGAGAUGGGCUCCCUGUACGACUACCUGCAGCUGAGCACCCUAGACACAGCCAGCUGUCUGCGAAUGGCUUUGUCCAUCGCCAGCGGCCUGGCACACCUCCACGUGGAGAUCUUCGGCACCCAGGGCAAGCCGGCAAUCGCCCACCGAGACCUCAAAAGCAAAAACAUACUCGUCAACAAGAACGGCCAGUGCUGCAUCGCCGACCUGGGUCUUGCUGUGAUGCAUUUCCAAGACACAAACGAGUUAGACGUGGGCAACAACCCAAAAGUGGGCACGAAGCGCUACAUGGCCCCAGAGGUCUUGGACGACUCCAUCCAGAUGGACUGCUUUGAGUCCUUCAAGAGAGUGGACAUCUGGGCCUUUGGCCUGGUCCUGUGGGAGAUUGCAAGGAGCACGGUCAGCAACGGCAUUGUAGAGGACUACAAGCCUCCCUUCCAUGACGCGGUGCCCAGCGACCCCAGCUUUGAAGACAUGAAGAAGGUUGUGUGUGUGGACCAGCAGAGACCCAACAUCCCCAACAGAUGGUUCUCGGACCCAACUUUAACGUCCAUCGCAAAACUUAUGAAGGAGUGCUGGUACCAGAAUCCAUCCGCCAGAUUAACGGCGCUACGCAUCAAAAAGACUCUGACAAAAAUCGACAACUCUCUGGACAAAAUUAAAACGGACUUUUGAGCUUCUUCCUUGUUGGUGCGCAGGGAGAGGAAACCUAAAGGCCUUUAAAGACAUCCGGCAGGCAGUUCAGUUCCCCUGGACAACACACAGGAGAAAAUGGACCGGUUGAGCUCAGUGCUCUUAAAGUGGCACGUUUUGUAUUUAUUUUAAACACUUGGUGGGACAAAUUUUGGCAUCCAAAGAUGGCUUACAGGGCAUUUAAGACUGCCAAUAGUCUUAGAUAUUAGGUGACUAUCCCUUUUUAAGAUAUAGGAAUAUUGAACUAAUAGUCACAUUCUUCAAGGAAGAAACUGUUACCUGGGCAUUUGAGUAUUGUAUAUCGCUUUAGAGCUGCCGAUUUUUCUGAGAAAUGUCUGAACAUAUUUAAUUUAGCAAUAUUGGCCGUGCUUUAUUGCUGUUAUUGCACUAGCGAUCUUUGCAUUCCUGGCUUGCACUGUCGCUGAUGCAUUUGGAGAAAAGAAACAACUUGCCAAAAAAUGUUAUGUUUUAUAGUUCACACAAACUCCAGUAAUCAGAAUGAGGGGAGAGAAAAAAAGAGUUUAAGUUCUACUUUGACUGCAUCGCUCUUGCACUGGUGUUUACAAUAUUGUUAGAACAAUUCUCUUGGUAUUUCAUCCAACCUGUAACGUAUUUAGCGAACACACUGUGUUGUAGAAUUGUGCUGCAGACAGUUAUAGCCACUCUUUACUCCUUCCUUUGGCAACGUCGUCUAACGUGUCCUGUCACAGAGACGUUUUAUAUCACCAUACAUUUCACAUUUGUGUACCUGUUCUUUGUUUGGUUGUUUCAUCAGCUUAAUUGAGACAAAUGUUAAAAGAGCAAAUAAAAAUAUUUACUAGAUGACGCUGAACUCGAUUCAUACGGGAGCAGAAGUUAUGCCUGUAAAGUUAUAUCGUCUUAAUUUGUGCAUUGUCAAAGUAAUUGAAGUCAAACUUCAGCCUUUUUUCUUUCUUUUUUUAACAUUUUAUAUCAAGUAGUGAUUUCUAUGAAUUAAAUGGAGAAAAAAAACA